AUGGCUCGUGCACAGACCCCCAUUUCCCUGGCAGAAGAGAAAGUCGGAUACCCCGGUUUUGGAUAUACAACAGGCAGCAAGCCGCUGUCGGAUUUGUGCGAGGACACCGCCGAAAACAACUAUGGCGUUGGUAAUUGUACCACGCCUAAUGCUACUGCUACUGCUUCCAGCAGCAAGAGACAUGAUGAAAACCCUGAAAUCUUCAUCUGCCCACUAUGCCAAGGAGGGAACCCUUACCAAGGAAGUCGUAGGGACAACUUCGCCAGCCACGUCGAAAGACACACGAAAAACGAUGCUCCAAACGCAAAGGUAAAGUAUCACCCAAUGGCAAAGGAUUACUUGCAUUCAAUCAAGAAUGGCCAACCUAUCGAGACGUUCAAGGGUGAUGACUUGUCUUGA